AUGAAGAGGUUUAGAGAGCUGUUCACUUUUGUCUGUUCUCUCCUCUUGCUGGUCGCCACGACUGUGGUGGACGCCUCUCCGGUGCGUCUCUGCCCUCCCGACGGAGGUGGCAUUUGCUUCAGCAUUGCCAUUCCGGAGUCAACUGCCCUUUCCGGGGCCGGCAACAUCUACUUUCAGAUCUCGGCCCCGACCAGCUUCCAGUGGGUUGCCCUUGGGACUGGCUCACGCAUGGCCGGUUCCAACAUUUUCGUCAUGUACCAAGACGGCCAGGGGAACGUGACCAUGUCCCCACGCCUUGGUGAGCGCUACGCCAUGCCGGUGCUGGAUACUUCCAGCACGGCAGCGAAACUGACCGUGCUGGCCGGCAGCGGCGUUAGCGCCGACGGGCAGACCAUGGUGGCCAAUGUGGUCUGCUCGAACUGCGAAAGCUGGGACGACGGCCAGUACACCAUGGACGUCGCCAGUUCCUCGACGCCUUGGAUUGCGGCGUGGAGGAAGGGGGCCUCGCUGGCCACCACCGACAAGGCGGCGACGAUUGCGCAGCACGACGAUUAUGCGCAAUUCACCAUCGACCUUACGCAGGCCACUGUCAGCGCCGACGCCAAUCCGUUUAUUACGGAUGAUGGUGUUGCUGGCGGAAAUGGAGGGAGCGGUGGUUCGUCCGGCUCUGGUUCGGGCUCUGGCUCUGGUUCUGGUUCGGGCUCCGCCGGCGGCGGCUUCAUCAUUGGAGGCGGCCGGAGCAACAGGAAAACUAUCCUGGCCGCCCACGGCGUCAUCAUGGCGUUGGUCAUGGCUGCCCUUUACCCCCUGGGCUCCUUGGUGCAGCCACUGCUCAGGAAGUGGUGGUUCCACGGCCUGUGGCAGACCUUGGCCUACGUGCUGAUGUGGAUAGGCUUUGGACUGGGUGUCGUCGUAGCCAAGGAUAUGGACUUGCUCUUCCGCGACAAGCACAGCGUCCUCGGCACUGUCGUCGUCUGCCUGUUCGGUAUCCAGCCUGUGCUCGGCUACCUUCACCAUCUGCACUACCUCAAGCACCGCGCCCGUGGCCCUGUCAGCUACUUCCAUAUUUGGUGGGGUCGCUGUUUGAUGGUCCUCGGCGUCGUUAACGGCGGGCUCGGCUUGCAGAUGGUGAACGAGCGAAGAGGCCUCGUCGUCACCUACAGCGUCAUCGCCGGUGCCGCUUUCUUGGCCUAUACCCUUGUCAAGCUCCUCCGGACUGUCGAGACGUGGAGUAAGAACCGCGGCAGUGAUGAUGAUGAUGAUGAUAAUGAUGAUGAUCCUGCCAAGAAUCGUUUUGUAAACCAUCAAGAAGAUGCUGUCCAGGACUUCGCUCCCACGACCUCGCCUACCAAGACCAUCCCACCCUCCCUCCAACCCAUCUCCAACAUUGCCGUCCACCCUAGCGUUCGCAGGGCCGUCGCGGCCGUCACCCGCUUUGCCGCCGCCCGCAAUGCCGCCGCCCCGAUGAGAACCUUCAUGGCCCCGACUGUCUCCCGGAGAGCCGACUUCGUCCAGGAGCUCUACCUCAAGGAGCUCAAGGCGUACAAGCCCAUCCCCGUCAAGGAGUCCGAUGCCGUCGGUCAGGUCGCCGUCUUCCAGCUGCCCAAGGCCCCCAAGUCUCCUGAGGAGGCCGAUCUUGCCUCCAGCCUGAAGGAAUAUGAAGAGAUGGUCGUUGAAGUCGAGGGCCAGGAGGGCGCCGCUGCCGGCCAGCCCGCCGUGGUUGAGGACUGGCUCGUUGAGGAGGAAGAGGAGGAGGAGGGUGAACACCACUAA